AUGUAUGACAUGGGCAAAUUAUCCUCUGGUGAAAAGGUCGCUGUCCCAUUGCCAAGUAGUCAUGCAUGGGGUCAAAUAUGCAUUUUUCAACCCUUGCUGAAUGGAGGCAGUCUCGUUUUCGCUAGCCCUAAAUUUGACCCUCCUGCGCUCGCUAAGGCUAUCGUUUACGAAGGAUGUGCCUUCUUAGCCUUGGUUCCAACCAUGGUGCACAGCUUGCGCGACCUUGUGUCAAAGCCCGAGGUAAAGUGUAUCAAAGGGUUUGCGUUUGCCGGCAUGGUUCUGACACCAGCGUUAGUGCAAAAAUGUGUGGAUCAUUUUGGUGUCUCACAAAUUGAGAAUUUCUAUGGGGAUGAACAAAUUAUCCUCCCCCGCGGGGUCCCUGGCCAGCUUCAUUUUACAGGCGACUGCUUGGCAUCGGAUUACUUCACUGGACACAGUGAGCAGUUUAACGAGGUCGAUGGAAAAGUGUGGUUCAAUACUGGGGACCAAGCAGUUAUAGACCACGACGAUCGAAUGUUUGUCGUGGGCCGUGAUAAAGAUAUCAUUGUGCGCGGCGGUGAAAACAUUUCCCCGGCCAGUAUUGAAGGUGUACUUUCCAUGUUACCGGAACUUGCGGAUAUGGACACACAAAUAGUCGGCCAAGUCAAUGAUAUCGUAGGCUGGAUUAAUGCGUCCACAAUUGCCGAGCAAAUAGAACUGGUCGAACAGCGUGAUAAAGAGGAUACAUGCAACCAGACAACGCCAGAGAGCUUGCUAUCUUCCUCUUCUGUGUCCCCGGUUGACUAUAGUCCACCGGGAGUACACGACGUGAUACAUCUUGGAGGCGAUCCGCAAGGAUACUUGAAAACAAAAGCUGCCGUACAGGAAGCCCUUAUCCCAUUUUCCUUGAACUGGAACGAUGUCACCGCGGUCACUCCGUGCACGGACUUUAUGCAGGCCAUCAGCAAACCACGCAUCGUGGACACAUGGAAUAUCCGUACGACCGUGUUAUCCAAGGGGGCAACGAAGAAGACAAUGCGGGGUUCCCUUGAAUCUUUGCUGCCAAACAAUCCAAUUCUUCUAUCACUUGUGGUGGUUGAUCCAACCCGCUUGGGUCUUACACUAGGACUCUACGUCUUGAUAAGACAGUCUCGGGACACGCUGGACCGAUUCAGCCAUUGUGUUCUCGACAAGACCUUCCAUAUGUCACUGCACGACGACCUGGACCGGGCGCUAGGUGGCCAACCGCUCCAUUCGCAUGUCAGCUACAAAUCCUGGGCCGACACCUACCAUACUCUACGCAAGUCACCUGUAGCUGAGGCUACAGUUGCCCACCAUGUCUCUUACCUAAAUGACAUCAAGGACCACUGUCAUGUCGUAUGGCCUCACCCAAUGACCGAACUAACAAUCAGUCCCGAGAGAGAGUUGGCAAAUGGCCACCUUGUGACCUUCGAAGGCUCCCGGUCCAAAUUCCCGUUUCUCCCACCUGCAUCAUCCAGCUCAAGCACGGCAAUUGACGUCGCGGGACCAGUAUUGAGCUGUGUUCUCAAGCUCAUUGCAUUUAAACCCCAAGAAACCGUUCUCAACUACCUGUGCCGAGUACAGCAAGAAUCGGCAGAAUUAAGCCAACACUCCCCGGUACCGUAUCACGAAUUAUUUCCUCGUCUGAACUGCACAGACGAUGUCCUCGUACGAGCCGCAGAAUCCAUGGUCUUCAACUGGAUGCUCGGAAUGAGUGCCUUGGCUUCGGGGGCUAACCAUUUACGGAACAUGGCCAUGACGCAGUUGCAUAUUCGAGCAAAUAUCGAGAUGCUAGCCAACGCGGCUCUCACUGGUGAUGGGAAAGGUAUUGUAUUGCUGUUGGAGGGGUCAUUGACGAAUCGAUCGAAGGUGUGGACUGAGAGGGUGGGAGAGGAGUUGAAGUAG